AAAUUUAUUACCCAGAAACAAAUUAAAUUUUCAAAGUUUACUUGUUAGAUCAAAUUAGAUGUCCAGCACGAUUUACGAGGUGGAUCGGGUUAAUCUAAACCUAAAACUUCCUAUGUGGAAUAUAGAUUUAUAUAUAAAAUUGUCAUGUAUGAACUAAUAACUUGAAAAUACAAUGGGUUUAAUGGUUGAACGUAUAGAGAUUAAAUACUGGAUCCGCCCCUGAUGGGUGGUUUCGUUUAAGGAAAAUAUUUUUUCCAUUAAAAAAUAGAUUCUUUGGAAAUUCUUUUUCCAAUAUUUGGUUUGGUAUGGAAAAAUAGGUGACAUGAUAAUUGUACAAAGUGUAAUAUAGAUUGUAAAGUAAUACUCACAACAAUAACAAAUGAGUGAAAUCUCAUAAAUGGGAUCUGAAAAGGACAGAGUGUAUGCACAUAUUAUUCGUAUAUCGUGGAGGUAGAAAUGCGUCUCUGAAUGACCCUUGGCUCAAAUAUAGCAUAUGAGAGCAUGCAAAAGUAAAGAAUAAGACCUUGCAAAUAAUACCAAUAGCGAAAGUAAUAACAAGUGUUUCUUUGAAGGUAUUCACAUGUUCCUUUAAUGAUUUCUUUGGUCCUUCGGAAAACAACCUAUCUACUCCACGAGGUAGGGGUGUAGGAUGCUGCAAAACUCUAAAUCAAUUAGGUAGUAUCUGUAGCUUGUUCACAAAGAGUAUAUUGUAACACAAUGGGGAAGGGUUUGAGAAGUCGACGAGAAUGUAAUCCUCCGGGAUGCAUGUUUGGGAUACUUCAUCAUUUAAAUCAACAACAUCGGUGGCAUCAAGUCAGGAAACGCCUCCCGUACAUCAAGCAGGGCGGUGCAAAGCAUAUUGUUGCGGCAGGAGAUCGUGGGAGUAAUGCAACUGCAACUGAUUCUUCUAACACUCCAGAAAAAAUAAAUGUCAAAUCGGAAGAUUUCCCUAUUGUAGUGAAAGCAGAAGCCAAAACAGUAGCCACGCAGCAAAAAAGUUCAAUAAAAUCUCGUUUAAAAACUUUGAUCACAAAAGAGCUACUAUCUAGUAAAAGGGUCCAACAUCGCCGAACUUUGUCCUGUCCUAUAACAAUGCCGCUGGAACAAACUGCUCCUAUUCGUUAUCUAGGCCCUGCCAAUGUAGAGCAUUCUCCGAAAAUUCGUCUAAAUGAUGAGAUAUUGCAGCAGCCUCAGAAUAAGAAUUUGUCCGUUGCUAGUUUGUUAGAUCCACCCCUGCCGGAGAAGAGAAAGGAUGCUGUUACCAACAACAAGAAAUGUGAGUUGUGUGCUUCUAUGCUUGAUAUGAAUCACUUAAAGCAAUGUGAUACUAAAAAGAAUGGGAAACAACCAAGUACAAACUUCAGUUUUCGUCGUACACAGUCACUUUAUCUUAGAGAGCAGACUAAAAAUGUGUCAGUUGAAGAGUCGAAGCUAUUCUUGGAUGCUCUUGAUUUACUAAACAUGAGAGAGGAGUUGUUCCUUAAAAUAUUACAGGACCCGAAUUCUUCAUUAGCACGUCAGUUACAAGGUACACGUGCAUCCAAAGGCUUAACCAAGUCCGUGUCAUUUCCUUCGCGUUUGUCACUUGAAAAAAUUGCUGCCAGGUCAAGCAAUGAUAAGAGCAGCCAAGAUAAGUCACAAAUUAGAGGUAAACUGUUGGGGUCAGCUGGAUUUGAAUCUGCAGAAAAGUUGAAUAGACAUUUAGUAGCGAGGAACAAGGAGGAAGUCACAAAAGGUGUACUGACAAGACUUGAAUCAUUUGAUAAGCUCCCUCCGAGUUCACCAGCUGCACUCAAACACAAGCGCCACAAUAGUAAACUUGUCCUUGCACGUUUCAGGAAUUUGAAGGAGAAAAUAACACAUGCUCUCAAGGAAAGCCGUAAGGAGAAGCAUCGGAUUGCUAUGGAUGCUGUCCUUCAUAAGGUUCCACACGGUCAUAUGUCAUUGAAGAAUGUUAAACCAGAUGGAAGUGACGGAUCAUUUUCAGAAAGUACUGGUAACACUUCUCGCUGUCAUUCUCCAUUUAGCAAGAGUCAGAUGAAAUCCUUUAAAAGAACGUCAUCGCUCAAUGACUCGUUGGACAGUUACAGUAGAUUACUUGAAACCUGCUUUAGUAGGGAUGAAAAACAGAACAGCUCCGAAAGGUCGAGUUUGAGAGCAUCUAGAUCACCUUCACCAGCUAGAAGUAGGACUAUAGCCCUGGAAAGGAUUCUUUCCUUACCUGAUCUUAGGCAUUACUCUUCUUUCCGAAUUGAGGAAACUCCCGAAGCUAGCUAUUCAGAAACACUCGAUACAGCUGCUUCGACUGCAUCUAGCAGCAACUUAUAUUCAGGGGCUACCAGGUCCAAUGAGCAAAAGUCCCUGGAUAUUCCUUUAGGUUCAGAAAAGAAAACUCAACAAGAUUCAUGUUCAGACUCAAAGAUUCUAGAAAAUUCUCUUGAUGUUAGCGAGAAUUCCGAUGACAUUGGUGGCUUAAAGGCAGAGGAGAACUCUUUUCCAGUUGAAUACAAUAUGGAUGACAAUUUAUCUACUAACUCCACUUUGGAUAAACCGAUUUCGACUACUUUGCCUGAUAUGAUAAUUCAAGAAGCUAGUACCAUUCCAGCAGAUCUCUCCGCGAUUGAAGGUAUAGCGGAAAAUGCAUUUGAUUCCAAUGAAGAAGAAAUAUUAGACCAUGAACAGAUGACAAGUCUAUUGCAAAUUCAGGUGGACGAAAAAAACAAAGCUGAAUUCAAUUAUGUAAAAGAUGUACUGAACCUAUCAGGCUUUAGUGGAAAUGAAUUUAUGAACCUUUCAGUAUUUGAAGAACUUGGAGGAUCUUUUCUUCAUCAACCCGAAUGUUCAGGAUACGCUGAAGAAAGGGGGAACUAUGAUCAACUUCUUCUAUUUGAUUUGAUCAAUGAGGUCUUACUACAACUUUACGAGAGAUCAUCGUUAUACUGGCCAAAGGCCUUAACGUCUCGUUCUUAUAUACAUCCAAUGCUACAUGUUGGAUACUAUCUGCUUGAAGAGGUAUGGAAAGAUGUAAGCUGGUGGCUCAGCUACAAACUGGAGAAUGAUCAAUCAUUACUUGAUGAUGCUGCGAGCCGUGAUCUGGAUAAAAGGGACAAUUGGAUGAACCUGCAAUUUGAUGCAGAGUGUGUUGGAUUGGAGCUCGAAGAACUCAUAUUCGAUGAUCUUUUAGACGAGCUAAUAUUCAUCGACGUUUAUUAGUCCUUCUCAGGUAGGUGCAUUACAUUUCUUUUCUUCUUCAUAGAAAUUGUUCAGCCAGUUCUCUCUCAGUUGAUAGAGUAUAGGCAAAAAACUAGUGAUUGAGUAAAUAUUUCGUAACAAAAUUGUUCUAAACUGUAUAGAUUUAGUAGAUUAAGCUCGGCGCAUAUAUAAGAAGAUGCAGUUGAGUUUUCUGUAGUAUAACUAUAAUCGAGAAGUGGAGAAUGCUUAUCAUCCAAGCAACUCCCUCUUGUCGUUAUGUUCCAUUGGAAGUACUAAUAGAUGUAAGAUAUCCUGUUCAAGUGAAGAUCUGUAUUUUGUGCUCUAUUUUCAAGAAAUGUUUGUGGGAAGAUUUCCAAAAGGAUUCUCAAGUUAAGUGAACAGUAUUUGUAAUCUAUGAUUUAUUUAUUUUUAAACUCUAUGGACACAACAUCGGAGAAUGAAAAAUAUGUAUUAGCUAUGAAGAUGAGGAUAACCUGUAAUUUUGUGUUCGGUGAAAUAUAUAUUGUAAAAUUAGUUAAA